GAUUUAUGAAUCCGCACGCAUGCGCGCUGCACAUGGUGAAAAUUGUGUUGCUACUGUAUUUUACUUUUGUUCUCUAUGUUCACACAGACACAGGCGCCGUGCCCGCUGCUACAUUAUUUUAAUCUCUGUUUUCUGGUCGAGUUCGGACAGUUUCUGUCCUGAAGCUUCUAAUCUGCUAAAACGAUGUCUAUGGUGGAUUUGGGGAAGAAGCUUCUAGAAGCAGCUCGUGCCGGACAGGACGAUGAGGUUCGGAUACUGAUGGCCAAUGGAGCUCCAUUCACUACCGACUGGCUGGGCACGUCUCCACUGCAUCUGUCCGCUCAGUUUGGACAUUACUCUACCACAGAGGUUCUGCUGCGUGGCGGAGUGAGCCGUGACGCCCGCACCAAAGUGGACCGGACGCCUCUGCACAUGGCUGCAUCUGAGGGUCACACACGCAUAGUGGAGCUGCUGCUGAAGCACGGCGCUGCCGUGAACGCUAAAGACAUGCUGAAGAUGACAGCAUUGCACUGGGCCGUACAGCACAGCCACCGAGACGUGCUGGAACUUCUGCUGCAGUUUGGAGCUGAUGUCCACACGCAAAGUAAAUUCUGCAAAAAUGCACUGGACAUCGCCCUCGACAACAGCUUUCAUGACCUCGCUGAAAUCCUGCAGGUAGCAAUGGAGAGUCAGAUCAACACAAACCCAGAGAGUCCAGAUACACUGACUAUUCACACCACUACACCACAGUUCAUAAUCAGCCCAGGAGGAGUCGUGAACCUCGCUGGACUCAUCUCACCUGGAAACAACAGCAAAUCUGCAGUCAUGGCAGCGGAGAAGGAGAUAACAGCAGAUACGGUCGAAGGAGCCAUCCAACAGGUUGUGAGCUCUGGAGGUCAGCAGGUCUUCACCAUAGUAACAGAUGGCAUUCAACUGGGCAGACUGCAGACUGGCACAGGCAUUGGCCAGCCCAUAAUAGUCACCAUGCCUGAUGGGCAGCAGGUAUUAAUGGUGUCAGACACAGAGGUUGCUGAGGAAACGGUGAUCAGUGACGAGCCAUCAAUUAAACGGCCGCGUGUGAAGGAAGAAGUAGACAGUGAAAUGACAGAAACACAAGACAUGCAGAUCCACCAAAACAUCUCGCUGCAGGACAUGCAGGAAAAAGUGUCUCUUCUGAAGCAGCUGGAGGAGGCGAAUCAUGAAGCUCAGAGAUAUAGACAGCAGUUCCUGAAGAAAGAACAGGAAGCAGAAGCUUACAGACAGAAACUAGUGGCCAUCACACAACAGAACGCCAAGAAAACAGUGUGAAUCUCACACACACACACACACACACACACACACACACACACACACACACACACACACACACACACACACACACACACUGUUAAAGCUAAUAAGCUACUAAGAUAAUGAUAUUCACCAUACCCUAACCCUCACACAAAACUGUUGACAUCAGAAGAUUUUAAGCAAAACAUUAUUUGCUGAUUUAUGAGCCUUAAGCAUCUUCAAACAUUUGGUCCUCAAGUAUAACACACACACACACACACACACAUACAUACAUGUUGAUUAUGGACACGGGUUUGACACAAGUUUGAUUCUGGCCCAUAUCCCAUUGCUUAAUCCCCAGAUGGCCUCUCAAUAAAGUGGCAAAAUAAAUAAAUACACAUACAUAACUAAAAUGCAGAUAAAUCAGGGAAAUCAUAAUCACAGAUAUGAUCAUUUUUAAACUGAUAGACAACCCCCAAUUCCAAAAUAGUUGGGACAGUAUGGAAAAUGCUAAUGAAAACAAAAAGGAAUCAUUUGUAUAUUCUAUUUACCCUGUGCUAUAUUGAUAGCACUACAACAAGUCAGUAUUUGAUGAUUUACCUUGUGAAUUUAAUAAUUGUUUUUGGUUUUUUCAUAUACACUCACUUUGCAUACUGUCCCAACCUUUUUGGAAUUGGAAUUGAAGCUGUAUAUUAUUUACUGUAUUUUAUGUAAAUAUCAUACAUUUUAUAUGUAUAUGUAAAAAAUUUGUUUAAUUUUCUGCAGAAAGAUGGAAUAUGGUUUUAACACUGAUAAUGAAAUUUACUGCCCAUUAUUCUUGUUGAUAUGGUGUAUAAUGUCUUCCGUUUGCUUGAAUCAAAUGUUUACUCACUCUCAUGUUUAAAGUUUUCUCAUGAUCGUGGGCAUUUGUAAUGCAUUUAGCAUUUUUCUGGAUUUCUGUCAUAAACAUUCUUAUUUUUAAAAUACCAAAUUCUUGGAUUUCGUUUAAUUAACAAAUGGGGGGUCCUGAACCACCCUUAAGAGUUAAGGGCCUGCCCAUAAGGCCAAAAAAAUAAGUGGUCCUCUGGUGUUUUAUAGAAACAAGAAUACCGCUAAUACAAAACUAGACUCUUUUUUUUAUUUUUUAUUAUUAUUGCGGUGACACAAUGUGACAUUACCCAUUAUACGUCCCAUUUUUAAGUAAGUAAUCCAACUUUUUUCAGUCUGAAAUUUCUAAACACACCUGUUUCCUGAAGGAAUGAGGUGGGUUUUAAGGGAAUCCCCAAGAGCUCUGUCACAAUUCAGACACUUUUCAUAACAUCUAGAAGACUGAUUUUAUUUUACAUGACAAAUUAAUAUUUGAAUACUGAAAUACUGUGAUCAGAUAAAACUCUCAAUCGAAUAUGUGAAUGCACAGAAAUGUAAGCGCAGCGUAGUCUUCUUCUAGCGGGAAGACUGGCAGCUGUACAUCAUCGCACCAUUAGCUAGGUAAUUCCCAGCCAAUCACAUGGAAGAUAUUGCUUUAUAAGUCUGCUCACAAUCUAUCAUAUUGCAACCUCCACCACCCCACCACCACCAGUUUAGUCCCGUCCUGCACAGGGGUAUGCUCCUCGCUCCUGCCUCCUAUCUCCGGCAGGAUAUGAUGGUUCAGAGUAUAACUUCUUCGGACCGCCAGACGCCAA